AUGACUGUCCAGAAAGUGGUGGCCAUGGCCGUGCUGGUGGCCCUCGUCUCUCUCAUUCUCAACAACGCGGCGGCCUUCACCCCCAACUGGGUGUACCAGACGCUGGAGGACGGGCGCAGGCGGAGCGUGGGGCUGUGGCGGUCCUGCUGGCUGGACAGGGCCAGGGGAGGGCCAAGCCCGGGGGCCAGGCCCGGGCAGGCGGACACGCGGGACUGCGAGGCCCUGGGUUGGGGCUCCGAGGCGGCGGGCUUCCAGGAGUCGCGAGGCACCGUCAAACUGCAGUUCGACAUGAUGCGAGCCUGCAACCUGGUGGCCACGGCGGCACUUGCCGCGGGCCAGCUCACCUUCGUCUUGGGGCUGACGGGCCUGCCCCUGAUGUCACCCGAUUCCCAGUGCUGGGAGGAGGCCAUGGCCGCUGCGUUCCAGCUGGCAAGUUUUGUUCUGGUCAUCGGGCUGGUGACGUUCUACAGAAUCGGCCCGUACACCAACCUGUCCUGGUCUUGCUACCUGAACAUCGGGGCCUGCCUGCUGGCCACCCUGGCUGCGGCCAUGCUCAUCUGGAACGUCCUGCACAGGAGGGAGGAUUGCAUGGCCCCCCGCGUCAUCGUCAUCAGCCGCUCCCUGACCGCACGCUUCCGCCGCGGGCUGGACAACGACUAUGUGGAGUCGCCGUGCUGA